UGUGUGCCACGCUUUUCGGCCUAUAUAAACUAAUCAAAAUUUAUAUAUCCCCUAAACCUAGUCCUCUCUCUUUCACACAUUCAUCAGUCGUUUGGUCAUCUUUUGCCGUUUCAGAAUCGAGGGGAAUGAACAAAAUCGAGAGCAUGGCGACGCAGCAGCAUCGUGGGGAGGAGGAGGUGGAGAAAGCUUUGGUGCUAUGGAACAUCAGCAACUGUCCGAUUCCAGAUGGUCAUGACCCUCUUACGGUGGUCCAGAGAAUACAAACGGCGGUGGAAAACUCAGGUCACGUCCGCCGCUAUGGUGAAAUCUCCAUCACUGCCAUUGGCAACAACCUAACAGAGAUCCCUGGUGAAGACGUCAUGAGGAAGCUCUCUUCCAUUGGAAUCUCUCUUAAACACUCCCACGGUUAUCAUCAAAAGGAUUUGUAUGACUGGGCCGAAAAGAAUCCUCCUCCGGGUACUAUGAUGGUCAUAGACGGUCAUGAGCAACUGGGAUGGUUAGCUUUUACACUUUCCCACUUUGAAGAUAAUGGAUAUAGAAUUAUUCUUGCAUACCCUCAGCGUGACCUAGCCACACCUUUUCCACGUAUCUUUUCUAAACUGUGGGAUCAGAGGCAGACGUAUACAUAUAAUGGUCCGCCCCCAGCUGAAAACGUGUCUAGAUCCGCCGUUGAGUGGGAUUGGGAUGCCUUAAUCUCAGAUGAACAGGAGGUGACAACACCAACAACAAGCCUUGUUGUUAAGCACGACAAGUUCUAUGGUGAAUCUCCCUGGUCUUGCUCAGUAUGCUCUGGUGCUGCCCCAAGCUUUGAAGAUUUCACCACCCAUCUCAAGUCUGUAGAACAUGAAUUUCGUGAGUGGGACAGGCAUGCUAGAAAAUACGGCCUGGAUCGUACUAACCGUAAUAACUUGCCGUUUGGUCGAUCACAGGAGUUGGACUUGCUGCUUACUCAAGAGAUGCUUAGAUGUCAAGAGAUGCUUCAGCAGUGCCGGCUCGGUGGCUUUAAGCCUAAAGACAGACCUGUAACCUUAGAAAGAGUCGAUCCAAGGGGAAUGAACGAAGUAGAGAACAUGACAACGCAGCAGCAGCAUGAGGAGAAAGAGGUAGAGAAAGCUUUUGUGCUAUGGGACAUGGGCAACUGUCCGAUUCCAGAUGGUCACGAUCCUCUUACGGUGGUUAGGAAAAUACAAAUGGCGGUGGAAAAGUCAGGCCACGUCAGCCGCAAUGGUGAGAUCUCCAUCACUGCCAUCGGCAGCAAACUAAGAGAGAUCCCUGGUGAAGACGUCAUGAGGAUACUCUCUUCGUUUGAAAUCUCUUUUAAACAUUCCCACCGUUAG